AUUGUGAGGGCGGGGCCUGUGGCGGCGCGGGGGCGGGGCUCUGCGGACGCACGCACGUCGAGGCGCUGCUGCCCGGAGCCGCGGCGGCUGUGGGCUUGGCUGAGGUGGCUGCUGUGGUGGCGGCGGCGGCGGGAGGUUGGAGAGAAUUUGGAGUACUUGUUGACUGGUACCUUCUGCCACCAUGGGGGAGCUUUUCCGGAGUGAGGAGAUGACACUGGCCCAGCUUUUCCUACAGUCAGAAGCUGCUUAUUGUUGCGUCAGUGAAUUAGGAGAACUCGGGAAGGUUCAGUUUCGUGAUUUAAAUCCAGUUGUGAAUGUUUUCCAGCGGAAAUUUGUGAAUGAAGUUAGAAGAUGUGAAGAAAUGGAUCGAAAGCUUCGAUUUGUUGAGAAAGAGAUAAGAAAAGCUAACAUUCCUAUUAUGGACACUGGCGAAAACCCAGAGGUACCCUUCCCCCGGGACAUGAUUGACUUAGAGGCUAAUUUUGAAAAGAUUGAAAAUGAACUGAAGGAAAUCAACACAAACCAGGAAGCUCUGAAGAGAAACUUCCUAGAACUGACUGAAUUAAAAUUUAUACUUCGCAAAACUCAGCAGUUUUUUGAUGAGGCUGAAUUGCAUCAUCAGCAGAUGGCGGAUCCAGACCUGCUGGAAGAGUCCUCGUCCCUCCUGGAGCCAAGUGAGAUGGGAAGAGGCACGCCUUUGAGACUGGGCUUCGUGGCUGGCGUGAUCAACCGGGAGCGCAUCCCGACUUUUGAGCGCAUGCUUUGGCGGGUGUGCCGGGGAAAUGUGUUCCUGCGACAGGCUGAAAUUGAGAACCCCCUGGAGGAUCCUGUGACUGGUGACUACGUGCACAAGUCUGUGUUUAUCAUUUUCUUCCAAGGCGACCAGCUGAAAAACAGAGUUAAGAAGAUCUGUGAAGGGUUCCGAGCUUCACUCUAUCCUUGUCCUGAGACACCGCAGGAGAGGAAGGAGAUGGCUUGCGGAGUGAACACCAGGAUUGAUGAUCUCCAAAUGGUUCUGAAUCAGACCGAGGAUCACCGCCAGCGGGUCCUGCAAGCGGCUGCGAAGAACAUCCGUGUGUGGUUCAUCAAGGUACGGAAGAUGAAGGCCAUUUACCACACCCUGAACCUGUGCAACAUCGAUGUGACCCAGAAGUGCCUGAUCGCGGAGGUCUGGUGCCCCGUCACUGACCUUGACUCCAUCCAGUUUGCACUCAGAAGGGGCACGGAGCAUAGUGGGUCUACUGUACCCUCCAUUUUGAACAGGAUGCAGACAAACCAGACUCCCCCAACCUACAACAAAACCAACAAGUUCACGUAUGGCUUCCAGAACAUAGUAGAUGCUUAUGGAAUUGGAACUUACCGAGAGAUCAAUCCAGCUCCAUAUACCAUCAUCACUUUUCCUUUCCUGUUUGCUGUGAUGUUUGGAGACUUUGGCCAUGGCAUUUUAAUGACCCUUUUUGCUGUAUGGAUGGUGUUAAGGGAGAGCCGGAUCCUCUCCCAGAAGAAUGAGAAUGAGAUGUUUAGCACUGUGUUCAGUGGUCGAUACAUCAUUCUCUUGAUGGGUGUGUUCUCCAUGUACACUGGCCUCAUCUACAACGAUUGCUUUUCCAAGUCUCUUAAUAUCUUUGGGUCAUCCUGGAGUGUACGACCGAUGUUUACUUAUAAUUGGACGGAGGAAACGCUUCGAGGGAACCCUGUCCUCCAGCUGAACCCAGCACUCCCUGGCGUGUUUGGUGGACCCUACCCUUUUGGCAUCGAUCCAAUUUGGAACAUUGCAACCAAUAAACUAACCUUCCUCAACUCCUUCAAGAUGAAGAUGUCUGUCAUCCUUGGUAUCAUCCACAUGAUGUUCGGCGUCAGCCUGAGUCUGUUCAACCACAUUUAUUUCAGGAAGCCUCUGAAUAUCUACUUUGGCUUUAUUCCUGAAAUCAUCUUCAUGACUUCUUUAUUUGGCUACUUGGUCAUCCUUAUUUUUUACAAGUGGACUGCCUAUGAUGCACAUACCUCGGAGAAUGCGCCAAGCCUUCUGAUCCACUUCAUAAACAUGUUCCUCUUCUCCUACCCAGAGAGUGGUAAUUCCAUGCUGUAUUCCGGGCAGAAAGGAAUUCAGUGUUUCCUGGUGGUGGUUGCGUUACUUUGUGUACCUUGGAUGCUGCUGUUUAAGCCACUGGUCCUUCGCCAUCAGUACUUGAGGAGGAAGCAUUUGGGAACUCUCAACUUUGGUGGGAUCAGGGUGGGCAACGGACCGACAGAGGAGGAUGCUGAGAUUAUUCAGCAUGACCAGCUCUCCACCCAUUCUGAGGACGCAGAAGAGCCUGCCGAGGACGAAGUGUUCGACUUUGGGGACACCAUGGUGCACCAAGCCAUCCACACCAUCGAGUACUGCCUGGGCUGCAUUUCCAACACGGCCUCCUACCUGCGACUCUGGGCCCUCAGUCUUGCGCAUGCCCAGCUGUCUGAGGUGCUUUGGACCAUGGUGAUCCACAUCGGCCUGAACGUGAAGAGCCUGGCGGGAGGCCUGGCUCUCUUCUUCAUCUUCGCCUCUUUUGCCACUCUGACUGUGGCCAUCCUCCUGAUCAUGGAAGGCCUCUCGGCCUUUCUGCAUGCGCUGCGGCUGCACUGGGUCGAGUUCCAGAAUAAAUUCUACAGUGGGACCGGUUUCAAGUUCCUCCCCUUCUCCUUCGAGCACAUUCGGGAAGGCAAGUUUGAGGAGUGAGCCCUG